AUGGGAAGCGGCCAGGGCCAGCACGCCACGGCCAAGGACACACGGAACGUGACGCAGCUGAGGCGGCAGGGUCACUUCUCCAGGUGCCCGGAGGAGUACGAGCACUACUGCGUCAAAGGGAGAUGCCGCUUCCUCGUGGCCGAAAAGGCGCCGGCUUGCGUGUGCGAGCGAGGCUACACGGGGGCUCGCUGCGAGAGGGUGGACAUCUUCUACCUGCGAGGCGACCGGGGCCAGAUUGUCAUCAUCUCCCUGAUCGCCGCCAUCGUCACCCUCAUCAUCCUCGUCAUCUGUGCCUGCCUCUGCAGCCA